AUGACAGAGUUAGUCGCCCGCAAACACCGUCGACGAUCUUUGUUGCGAGGCGCACGACAUCCUGCUUCCUGUCCGUCGCCACGGCAACAUUGUAACAACACCGACACCCGAGUAGCUGCUGGGGAGGAAAGCGGACCCCAACCUGAAAGAAAACAACACAUUUCGGUCUUCUGCAUCGGCGAAACUAUGAGUCAGCGACAGAUCAUCCAAGUUUUCGAGCAGUACCAAAAAUCAAGGAUGCAGUUUGUGCAAACUAUCGCCGAUCUGGCUACCAGACCCCAAAACAUAGAACUCCUCCACAACGCAGGUGUCAUGUCCCUGCUGCGUCCCCUGAUGUUGGACGUGGUUCCCAGCAUCCAGCAGACGGCGGCUCUGGCUCUGGGCCGCCUGGCCGACCACAGCGACGACCUGGCGGAGGCCGUGGUGAAGGAGGGCAUCCUGCCUCAGCUGGUCCACUCUCUGGCCUCGCAGAAUAGAUUUUAUAAGAAAGCAGCAGCGUUUGUGUUGCGUGCUGUGGCCAAACACUCAGCUGAACUCGCCGACGCUGUGGUGUCCUGUGGCGGCGUGGACGCUCUCGUCCUGUGCCUGGAGGAGUUUGACUCCGGAGUCAAGGAGGCGGCAGUCUGGGCUCUGGGCUUCAUCGCUCGUCACAAUGCGCUGUUGUCGCAGUCCGUCGUGGACGCGGGCGCGGUCCCGCUGCUGGUCAUGUGUCUGCGGGAGCCCGAGUUGGCGCUCAAACGCGUCGCGGCGUCCACACUCAGCGACAUCAGCAAACACACGCCCGAACUGGCGCACACAGUGGUGGACACUGGCGCUGUGGCGCACCUGGCGCAGAUGAUCCUCAACCCGGACGCAAAACUCAAGCGGCAGGUCUUCUCGGCCCUCAGCCAGAUCAGUAAGCACUCGGUCAUCCUGGCGGAGAUGGUGAUCGAGGCCGAGAUCUUCCCCGCAGCCGUGGCCUGCCUCAAAGACCCAGACGAGUACGUGAGGAAGAACGUCACCACUCUGAUGAGGGAGGUGGUGAAACACUCGCCAGAGCUCUCCCUGGUGAUUGUCAACUGUGGCGGUAUGGCAUCAGUGAUAGACUAUCUGGGCGAUUGCCAUGGAAACCUGCGGCUGCCGGGGAUCAUGAUGCUGGGAUAUGUGGCAGCUCAAAGCGAGAGCCUCGCCAUGGCCGUCAUUCUCUCCAGGGGGGUGCCGCAGCUGGCCCUGUGUCUCUCCGAGGAGUCCGAGCAUCACAUGAAGGCGGCCGCGGUCUGGUCCGUGGGUCAGAUCGGGCAGCACACGCCGGAGCACGCCAAGGCCGUGGCCGCAGCCGGCCUGCUGCCCAAACUCCUGCAGCUCUACGUGGACGCCACCAGCUCAGAGGACCUGCAGAUCAAAAGUAAGAAGGCCCUGAAGAGCAUUCUGCACAAGUGCACUGACCUGCCCACUCUGCAGCCGCUCCUCUACGACGCCCCGAGCAACAUCCUCAAACACGUCGUGGGCCAGUUCAGCAAGGUGCUGCCUAACGACAGUAAGGCCCGGCGUUCUUUUGUGACCAGUGGAGGUCUGGCCAAAGUGCAAGAGAUCAGGGCCGAGCCUGGUUCUCAGCUGCAGGAGUACAUCAACGCAAUCAACAACUGUUUCCCUGUAGAGAUAGUCAGGUACUAUUCCCCCGGCUACUCAGAGGUGUUGUUGGAGAGACUGGAGAACUACGUGCCAGGUCUGAAUGAAACAUGCUGAUCGAACCGAGAGAAGAGCACAGCAGAAACAAAGCCUCUCUCUUUUUAAUGCCAUAUUCUCCACUUCGACUCUAAUGAUGCUCUACAUAAUGGCACUUUCACAAGCAGUGUGACAAUUCAUCUCGUGCAGAGAGGUCAAAGGUCAGCUUUAGUGACAGAGCGUGCAUUUCUGGAAACUAAUAAAAAAAAUAACCUUGACAACCUUAGUUUAUGUCUAACAAAAGUCAACAUUUUGCCAGUAGAAAGAAUCACUGAGUUACUGUUUGUGAAUGUGACAUUUGAAAUAUUUAGCCACGUCGUCGGUGUCAUCCCCGGACGCCAAGUGAGUGUUUCUGAUGUUUUCUUGAUCUUUUAUGACUCCCCCCACGCCAUCAUAUUCCGACUCAUCUCUUCAGUCUCGUACCAUUUUAACAUUUCGCACUUUUUCUGUUUGACAUAUAUCAGUGACUCGUGUGAGAGACUAAUUCUGUUGGUCUUCUCAAACAACGGCCUGGUUGUUGGUCAGAAAUAAACGACAUACAAUGUGAUAUGAAGUGUCGCAGUGAGUGUGCAUCGUUGAAUUAACAAAAAUAACAGAAGACAAAAAAGUCUCAUAUAUGUACAGAAAAAAUGCUUUGUGAUAAUUAAUUUAGACAACCGGUUCACCCAUUUUACACAAUGUUAAUACCUAGACCCUUUUUUUUUUCCAUUUAACAGAAAACCACCUAUGUUGAUCAAUAGAACAUAUUCAAUGUACGAUGUAUGAAAGAGGAGACAGUUGUGACAGAAUGCUUUUAAUGAUCUCAAAACACUGAGGUUUUUUUUAUGUGUGUAAUUAAAAUGAGGAUUUUAAAUUCUGAUCCGAGAAAUGUACAAAGGGUUUACUGCUUCUCCCACUCGUCACAGACUCAUCUGUGUUUUCUAUCACUUUCUUUCUUUGUAAAUCAGCAGCUUCUGAAUUCAGUAAAGGACAAUAACAAGAAAAGAUAUAUGUAUAUGAAAAAUAAGAAAAUAAGUAGGUUACCUGGAAAAAGUGACCUCCAACCUCUUCAGUUUCUGCUCCCUCUGUAGGAAAAUGUUGAGAAAACAAAGAGUGGCUGAGAUAUGCGUUUGAUUAUAGAACUGUGCUACAUUCACUUUUCCUUUUUUACAUUUUUGAAACUGUUAUCUAAUGUUCUUUUUGUAUUUUUUAAGUUAUUCUGUGGUUAGAUCAAUUACAUGUAUUGAAUCAAAUGGAAGUGGCCCACUCACUCGGUCACUGAGGCUCUCUUUCAGUCCUCGGCGUGGUUUUGCACGGGUCACACUGCCUCCUGGCGGCCGCUGCUCCUCACUGCGCCUCAGCUGUGUUUGUCUGGCUGCGCGCGUGCGUGCGUGGGCGCGCGCAGCAACAGCAGCAGCUGCAGCGCACGUGGCUCGCGGCUCUUUGUUUGUCUCCUCACAUUGUAGCGACGCCUCUGACCGCAGCAGCGGCGGCAGCAGCAGUAGCGGCAGCAACAGCAGCAGCGGCGGCAGCUUCUCUGUUAAAAUCUGAUUUCAUUUCCUCACUGGAGCGUUUCUUUAUUUUUCCUCCAUGUGUGUGUAAUGUACAUUUUUUAUUAACAAUAAAUGUGUGAAGUUCACAAGAAGCAAAGCGUUUCCCCCCUCUUCUAUCUUCUA